UUUUUUUAGAAGAGAAAAACACGAAAAUUUCAAUCGGAAUUCGGAAAUGAAAUGAUCAAAUUCUUGUGUUUUUAUUAUUUAAAAUUGUAAAAUUAAAUUCAUCGUAGAAAAUAUCUACUUCUCGUACUAAAUCAUACAAUCUUGUGUAUCCUUGAUAUGCCGCAAGAACGACCAGCACCGAGAUACGCUCAUGCAGAAGGACAUACAGAUCUGUGUUUUUCAGAUGAUGGAACGUAUCUGGUAACAUGCGGAAGCGAAGGCGAUCUUCGUAUUUGGAAAGGAUUCGAUGACGAUGAUCCCCGUGACAAGUGCGUCGGAGAAAAGGCUUUCGCUGUCGCGCAACAGGGCGAUAAAUUAUACGUUGGUAGUGACCAUAACAACGUUCAGAUAUUCUCGUUUCCUGAUGGCGAACUCGAUGGAGUUCUGACUAGAUUUACAGCACCGGUUACUACGAUAUCUGUUUCGAAAGAUGGAAGUUACGUCGCUGCUGGAUCGUGUGAUAUGAAAAUACACUUGGUGGAUACCGCGACAUCGAAAAUAACAUUUUUUGAAGGACACAAAGCUCCAAUAUUACAUGUCACGAUUGAUCCUAAAAAUGAAUAUUUGGCGUCUUCAAGUUGCGACGGCACCGUCCGAAUUUGGAACAUAACUGAUCAAUCCGUGGUGAAAACUUGGCCCGAGGUGACAAGUUCUUCGAAUUCAUUUGAUUCGGCGGAAACAGUUUGCCACGUUUCUUGGGAAUCUACCACUGGUCGAUUAAUAGCCAUACCUCAAGGUUUAGAAAUCAAAGUAUACCAAAGAAGUACUUGGAAUGCGAUGAUGACGUUACAAGAUCCAGAAAAUAGUAAAAAAUUUGGAUUAACUUCCUGGUCCAGUUGUGGAACGUAUCUAGCCGCGAGUACCGUUGUAGGAAGAAUCGUUGUGUGGAACACGAUAAUUAAUAGAGUAACUUCUUCAUCCGUCGACGAUGAUAACAAGACUAAUAUUUCGGCAUUGUGUUGGAACCCGGAUUCAAAACAGAAACAAUUAGCUAUUUGCGAUACCAAUGGUCAACUUACGGUUAUUGGAAAUUGUAUCUCUACUACGAAUUCUUCGAAUGGUGGCUUAGCCUCGAUGUCGACUGGAAGCUCUGAUAGAGAAAAACCUGUCAAAAGUAAAUCAACGAUAGAUUUCGAAGACGAUGAUUUUCCUAAUUUGACUGGUGAUAAUUUUGAUGAUGAUCCCGACGACCCUGACGCUAUUUCGUUGGAAAAAAUAAAAUCUGAUUAUAGCUUCAUCGAUGGAGACGUCGUUCCGAAAGCACUCGAGGAUGACGACGCUAGCAGUAUGAAGUCUGUUUCAAUUAUUGCUCCUAGAAUGCCUCUGGUUGAAUUACAGCCUCCAUUUCAGCCAACUUCUACUCCUGUUCACUUGCAAAGACGUUUCAUGGUAUUUAACGAUGUUGGAUACGUAAGACAAACGAAUACAGAAGAUGAAAAUGUGAUCGAUGUUGACUUUCACGAUGUCUCCAUUCAUCACGCUUUUCGGAUCAAUAAUUUACUAAAUCAUAUUUUGGCUGCUUUGAGUCCAGAAGCUCUUGUUUUGGCUUGUGAAAAAACUGAAGAAUCUAUGAGUAAAUUAGUUUGUCGAUUAUUCAACUCAUGGGACGACUCAAAAGAAUGGAACAUAGAAAUGAACGAAGACGAAAGCAUCGAAGCUAUUGCUAUUGGUCAUAAAUGGAUUGCUGUGGCAACUAGUUUAUGGUACUUGAGGAUAUUUUCAUUGAGUGGUGUUCAAAGAGAAAUCAUCAACUUACCUGGUCCGAUUGUUUCGAUGUGUGGUUCGAAUAAUUACUUGUUUGUCGUUUACCAUUGUUCAGUCGGUUUGCCUGAUAAUCAAAACUUGGCAUUUCAAGUGUUCACUUUCGCCACUCAUUUAUCAGCUAUUGUACCUGCUCAGCCUGUACCCCUUAGUCCUAAAAGUACGCUGAAAUGGGUUGGACUUUCGGAUGAGAUGAACCCAUGCAUUUUGGAUUCCAACGGUAUUUUAAAAAUAUACGUUUAUAAAUUGGGUUCAUGGAGUCCAAUUUGUGAUGUCGAUGAACAAUGGAAAGAAUCCUCAAAUCAUCAUUUCGUUAUCGGUAUCAGCGAAGAACUGCAAAAUAUUCGUUGCAUAUUAUGCAAAGGAUCGUACUAUCCGGCCACUACGCCUCAUCCUUUCAUUACCGAAAUCGCCUGGAAGAUUCCAGUUUGCGAGAAAGAUAUCGAUAAAGGAAUGCACGAAGAGAAAUUAUGGCGUAGUAAGAUUGCUGACAAGUGUUUGAACAACGAUAACGAUAGUGUUCGUAAAGAAAUUCUAGGAACCGCCUUGAAAUUAUUCGCGCUUUGCUGUCAAACUAGUCAUGAAAUGAGAGCUUUCGAAUUAUGCGAAUUCGUCGAUGAACUAAAGUUCACGGACUUGGCUUUAAAAUACUCAGCCAGAGCGAGGAAUGAUUUGCUCGUUGAAAGAUUAUCCCAACUGCUGACUGAACAAAAAAAAUCUGAAGAAGAAAAGGCCGAUGAAUUUGAUUUCGGACCGAGCCGUAGAAGUUAUAUGUCAAACGGCGACCACGACUCGUACCGAAAUGAUUCGUAUCAUGAGCCAGAACCGCGAAAUUACCAGUCGCAAGAACUUUUUACCGAAUCUAAAACUACUCAAGAAUCGUCUAAUUAUUCAAACGAUAAUUCAGUAAGUUUAAUACUGGAAAUGAAAAAGAAGAAAAAAUCAUUAAGCGAGCAAAAAAGUCAAGUCAUUCCGCGUAGAAAAAUUAACCCUUUCCGAAAGGGUCUGCCUUCGAACGACGUUUCUGCGCCAGGAACACCAUCAAACAUUAGUGCUGGCUGGAAUAAGGAAAGCCAAGAUACUUUCAAUGGUUCGCUUCCAGAUUCGCAGGAUAUAGAAAAAACUAAUUCUAUGAACGAUAGUCCCGUCGUAGACGAAACCGAGUCGACGAGUAGAAAAAGAAAAUCACCAGAAGAACCGGCUGAAAAAAAUCCAGAAAAGAAGAAACCCUUGUCUAAAUUACAAGCUUUCGCUUUUAAAAAAUAAACCUAAUGGUUAUUAAUUUCAAUUAAUAGUUUUCUAGAUACGUGUUUUUUAGUUUUUUUUCUCGCUGCUUGGUGAAUUUUUUUCGUUUCUUAACUGAUGUAUAUUCUGUGAUAUUUUUUUGCCCGACUAAUAAGGUAUUUUUUUAUGUGCAUUUUUGCUAAUAAAGUUCAUUCGUGAGUAAUACGAUAA